CCUUUGCUUACGGUUUCAUUUGUUAAGUUUUCAAUAGAUAGCUUUUGUUUAUUAAUUUCUCGAACACCGGCCGGCUUCCGUAUAACGUUGACACUGUGAGAAAUUGACAGAGUCGGAUGCUAUCGGUGGGCGAAGAAUAAUCACGCUGCGCCUAAGGUUUUGCACCGUUUUUGUCUCUGGCUUUGCGUUUUGCUAGAUGCAAUACCUGCCCGAGUAACUACAUUGCUUAGGUUUAAGAUAGUAUAUCCGAAGCCACUUGUCUUGUUCUAGCGUAUUCUCUGUAGUGUCAAAGUCAAGAUGUCUCAAAAGCGAAAUCUUCCUUCUUGGAUGAGUUCAAGAGAUCCUCCUGAUACUAGUCCGAGUAAUUCUCUUAGUAAGAAGCCUAAGGAUGAAGCCGAUAAGCAGAUUAACCAGAGUAAAGAGCAGAAGAAUAGAAAUGUACCUUCCAACAACUCCGAACACAGGAAGAUGUUACCACCUGAGCCAAGUUCAAAUACCACGGAUUUCUCUAAACUUAUGGAAGGAGUUGUUUUUGUGCUUUCAGGCUUUGUUAAUCCUGAGAGGAGUACACUAAGGUCACAGGCCUUGGCAAUGGGAGCCACAUAUCAACCUGACUGGAACUCUGACUCUACGUUAUUGAUCUGCGCUUUUCCUAACACUCCAAAGUUUCGUCAAGUUGAAACCAACUGUGGAACAAUUGUCUCAAAGGAAUGGAUAACUGAGUGUUAUACGCAGAAGAAGUUGGUGGAUAUUGAGCAAUACCUUAUGCAUGCUGGAAAUCCAUGGAGGAAAAACACUGUUACCCAAGAUACUAUUCGAGAAAAGAAAAAACAGCUGUCCAUAAAGCCAGAGAAGCAAGUAGAGAAAAAACCAGAAACAAGGGGAACGCAAUCUUCUUCAUCCAAGAAUAGACCAGCUUGCAAUAUUGUGAAAGAGCCAUUUUCUGUUACCGAGGUGAAGAAAUGGGCAAGGGAUGACCUAACUCAAACUGUCUCAUGGCUAGAGAGUCAGGAGGAGAAACCAGAACCCGGCGAGAUCAAGCUAAUAGCUGCAGAAGGAGUCUUAACCUGUUUACAAGACGCCAUAGAUUCUCUUGAGCAGAAGCAGGACAUUGGUUCAGUUACGGAGCUGUGGAGCUUUGUCCCUCGCGUAGUGAAGGAGCUUGGAAAGAUCGAGUCUUCUUAUAAAAAAGAAAACUGCACAGCAUCAAAGGAUGAACUUUGCAAACAAGCAAAGUCGUGGAAAAAGAUUUACGAGACUGAGCUAGCAAAACCGGGGGAAGAAGAAUCAUCGGGAACAAAAAGCAAAGGGACAUCGCGGGUUGCUUCUGGAUACGAUAGUGAUGAGACCGUUGAAAUGACUGAAGAAGAGAUCGAACUUGCUUACAGGAACGUUUCUACAGAGUCUCUUUAGAUCAAAACUUGUUUCAUUUUGCUUGCAUGCGAAAGAGCACAAGACGUUUGCUUAUUCGGUUUGUUCGGUUCGAUUAAAGAAUGUUGCUAAUUAAAAACUAAAAUUUUGAUUACUUUCUACUUAUAGACUGGUCUGGAUUCGGUUAUUCUUUACUGUUUGAAUUGAUCGGUUUAUAUAUUUUUGAUUCG